ACUAGCAAGGAAUAUUGCUUGAUUUGUAGCUUUGGUUGUAGGCGUUUGUACGCGAUACUGAGACCACACAACAAGUGCCAAGCAUCGCUCGUUAUCCCACUGUUGCGCUGCAGUCGCACCCAAGCUCCUUAGAAAGCGUGGGCGGGCAGACUGGCACAUAGCUGCCAGGGAGACGUUUGAGCUCCGCGCCACCGACGCGAUAGCUGCUGAAACCAGAGAGCAGCAACAAUGGUCUCCUCCGCCCACGCCCUAGCGCGCCACAGCAACUUGAAUGCCAGUGAAGUAAGAAACAUCGCGGCCACGUCCUGCGCGCUCGCCACUUUAUCCGUGACAGCGUGCGCCCUCGCGUCGGCUCUGGCGUGGCGCAAGCGCAAGUCCUGGGAGAUGGUGCAGGAGGUCAUCAUUUUGAUCUUAGCUACUGAUUUAGGAUUCUGUGCCCAAUACCUCAUCGUGGCGCCUCGACCGGGUUCGGCCGCGUGCUACGCGCAGGCCGUCGGCGGCCAGUUCUUCACGCUGGCGUCGAUGCUGUGGUCUGCUGUGGUCGCUGAUGUUUUAGUACGCCUACUCGUCUUUCAGGAUGAUAGGGCAGCUUUAGCUCGGCGACGGUUGCCGUACCACGGCCUCGUCUGGGGCGUUUCUCUGAUUGGAACAAUCCUGCCGGCUAUUCUAGGUGUCUAUGGCCCGGCGGGCCCCUGGUGCUGGAUCGACACGUCUUUAGGUGCGCCCCAGGCCGCCACGGUCAUGCGGUUCGGUACCGUUUACCUCGGGAUCUGGGCUAGUAUAGCGUUCCAGAUCUGGGCCUUUACGAAGGUACGAGUGGUAGUGCGACGGUCCAUGGCCUUGUUCGACGAGGUCGAGGAGCUGUCGACGAUGGAGGACUCGCGGAAGGCCGCGGUGGACGCGGGCCGACGAUCCCUCGCCUCGGCGCAGCGGCUCUUCGCGUUCCCGCUGAUUAUAUUGAUAGCGCGCGGCGUCGGCACUAUAAACAGAAUACACAACUGGGUGAACCCUGGGGACGACGUGGCUGCGCUGUACUACCUGCAGGCUAUCCCACUCGCCUCACAAGGAUGGAUGCACGCGGUCUUCUGCGUGUCCGGGGGCCUCCAGUCGUACAUCAUGGCGCGGUGCUGCGGCGGGUCGCGGGCGCCACCUCCACAUGAGCGGCGGCCGUCGAAGCCCGAAAAGCAGAUGAGUGCGGAUCCCGGCUUCGUCGACGUCGAUCUCGGGGAGGUGGAGAUGGUCUGAGGGCGCCGCGUCGAUGGCGUCGAGACGCUGCUUUGUUCACGCGUCGACGGCUUGCGCCGUGUAAUAUUUUGGUUCAUU